GUUAUAUAAAUCGAUUCCGUGUUUCACGUCAGAGAUCACGUGAUCAUAACAGAAAAAGAAUAUACGUUUACGUACCACAUUGCAAAAUUACUGCAAUAAAGGUUACGCGAAAUGACCGUUGCACCGUGUUCGUCGUUCACUGAGUGAUUAAAAACAAGCCACGCAUACCCACGGGGGCUGUCAACAGCAUGCAACGUUUAACGACACGGACGGAAGUGUUAAGCGAAUGAAGAAAAACAUGGAUGAACAAAGCCAGAGGAUGUGAAUUGCUUCAAGUCCCUAGAUGAUUGUGAUCAGUGUGUCCGACAUGAUUCUGCCUGUGGAUCGGGGAAACCACCGAUGGAUUGUCGCCAUCGCUGCCUUCUUUACCCAGUUUAUUAUUUGUGGAAUAACAUACAGUAUUGGGGUGUUCCACGUCGUGUUCAGCAAAAUAUUUAAUGAGGAUCAUUUCAACACAUCAUGGGUUGGCUCCAUAUUGCUGUACACGACUGCUUUAACAAGUGUGGUGAUGCGAUGCUUCAUGGCCAAGUUUGGUUGUCGAUGGAGCGUGAUACUGGGGGGUCUUAUCUCAGCGACUGGACUGGCCAUGGGGAUGGUCGUCACUGAAAUGUACCAGGUGUAUCUUACCUUUGGUGUGCUCACAGGUAUUGGCUUUGGUUUAGCCUGUACGCCCUCUAUUAUGGCAGUGGAACAACAUUUCCACAAGCAGCGUCUCCAGGCUUUGAGUGUAGUUCUGAGUGGAGUUGGAGCUGGAAUAGUGGUCUUUCCCAUUCUGAUCCGGACUUUGCUAGAACACCUUGCCUGGAGAGGCAGUCUUUGGAUCCUCUCCGGAAUAGCCCUCAAUCUAUGUGUCUGUGGGGCACUGAUGGCCCCUGUGAGCCGCAGUAAGCAGGUGCAUCUGAUGCCUCUUCUGUCCUGUGUACCACUUCGAAAUAUUACUUUUCAUGGAAUGUGUAUAGCUAACCUCUUUUGGAGCUUUGGUUCCACUGUGAUAUACAUGUAUCUGCCAUCCUACGCAAUGGACAAAGGUUCAAACUUUGAGACCUCUGUGUUUUUGGUGUCCUGUGUCGGUAUGGCUAGUUUUACCUCCAGGGUUAUCUUUUCGUUUAUGGGACAUAACAGCACACUAGAUGACAUGACAGCCAUCUUGUGCUCUAUAGGUCUGGGAGUGGUCAUAACUGGCAUAUGCCCUCUACUGUUUGAUGACUAUGCAGGACAGAUUGGGUAUUCAAUACUGUUUGGUUUUUACAAUGGAUAUUGGACCACAUUUUUGUCUCAGGCGUCACGAGAGUUACUAGGACCAGAAUGCAUCGCUAAAGGCAAUGGAUAUCUCUCUUUCAUGAUAGCACUGGGAUCUAUAAUGGCAGGACCAGCAGCAGGUCUGUUGAUCCAAGAAGAGACGGAGUUCAAGUACGCUUUCUACUUAGCAGGUUCGUCUUUAUUGUGGAGCUCUGUCAUUAUGAUGCUAUUUAAGUACCAGUCCUGUGGCUUGGAGAACUUUGUAGCAGAACCAGAAAAGAACUACCAGAAGAUUCCUCUUGUGGAAAGUUCUGAGGAGAAGUGUCUAAUAAAGGGAGAACCAAUAUUAGUAGAGGCAAUGGUGACAUCAGUGUGAUCAAGUUCAACGAUCAAAAUUGACCAAUCAGGGAAGUGGAUAUCAACGCUAUACCACACUCUAAAUAAAACUUAAGAUUUCCUUCAAUAAAAGUACUCAGACACAAUGUACUAUAUUGUCAUGCUAGGAAAUUAGGGCCUGGAUAUUGUACUCCGGAGUCUAUGACACAAUGAAUUUGCUUUUGACUCUGUAAUACAUAUGUUAUGUUCAUAUAUAGUUGUUUUCAUACAUCAAUAUAUGUUGGUUGUUUUCAUUAUCAAUGUACGUUUUUAGAGAUUGUUUCAGUUUUGUUAUUCUUUUGGAGCAAGAUAGGUGGUUACACACUGUAUAAACAAAGAGAGCUAACUUUUACAACUGGUUGGACAAAUUUUUCAUGGACAUAAAAGGUUGCUUUAUAUAAUUAUUAAACUACAUGUACAUGUAUUUAUAUUGAUAGAAUGCAGCAACUGAAAAAUAUUUUUUCCUGAAAAUGUUAAUCUAUCAUGCAUGUUCUUUAACUGUGUCAUGAUUUUCUAGUCUUAAGAAUUAUAUAUGGAGUUUUGAUGGUUGUUUUGUGAUAAUAAACUUUUUUGAAAUAAUAAAACAGAAAUCACUCUUUAAGUGAGGCAUUCCAUGUGUCAUGUCAAAGGAGUCUGGACAUAUAAUUUCUUAGAACUUGAUGAUUUUUAAUGACUCUUGCUCUUAUUUGUGCUUUACUUAGAUUUACUGUACAUCAACGGCCUUGCUGCAAACAAACAUUUUCAAAAAUUAUGUAAAUAAAAACUAAAUUUAUGUUUUUAUAAGAAAAAUGAAUACAAUUUACUUUUUGGAAUGUUACUUAUUCCCAUGAUUUCUCAAUAUAAGUCCCAAAAAUGAGGAAAAUUUAGUUAGAGAGGGAUAAUAUAUUUCAACUUUUUAACAUCACAGAUUUAUUAGAAGUCCCUUAUGUUUUAGGAAUUCUUGUAUUUAAACUUAUAUUUCAACCAAACAAAGCCAAAAAUGUAUAGCAACCCUUGCUUAAUUAUUUUGUGUGUGUAUCAAGUGUUCUUGAUAAAUGUACUAGUAUUUUACAUGGCCUUGUAAAUCUUGACAUUACAGAGCUGCGUGAUUAUCUACCUUUGUUCAGUGACAGAAGAAUUUUCCACUUCUGUAGUAUGAAUAGAGGGAAUGUAUUUUACAAUAUUUGUCACUUAUAAGAAAUAUGAAUUUAUAUUGUGACAUAUUGUUUAAGAAUGAGAUAACCAUUCUUUGUGUUUUUUGGACAAUAAAGCUACUUAACUGAAGGAGAAA